AAAAUUUCUACUGGAACCUCACAUAAUGUUAAAAAUUAGACACUCUUGAAUUAGAUAUCUUUUUUUUACCGAUGAUGAUCGCACGAACAGGAAUUGCCGACGAAUUGCCAGGACGACCGAGAUGUUCACUUGUCACAGCGCGGCGUCAAUCUGCCUGUGCGAACUUUCGUUUCAAGUGGAGUCUAACGUGAGCAAAUAACCACGGCGCUAAGACGUAAUCUAACUGUCGAUCCCAAGGAACUCGAAAUCUCUUCAACCGUGGAUCACGCAGGCGAAGUUGGCCAGGUGGCGAUCAUCAAGCACCGGAAGUCCCGGCGCAAGAAAUCGAAAAACGCCGCAUCCGCCACCGCCACUAUCGCCACCGCCGCCGCCGCCGCCGCCGCCGCCGGCGACUCCAAAGUACGUUUUCUCUGCUUUUUCGAUCUUCCUCCUUUCUCGCUAUUCUCAUUAUUUACAAUUAUAUUUGCAAUUAAUUAUAAUCUUUUUUCUUUAUUUUGAUCUAAUUUCUUUUGCAAACCCGAAAUUUUCUUGCCUGUUAAAUCAGAUGGAAAAAAAAACGAAAAAAAACAUUCCGGGAAUCAUUUAUUAAAUUAGAAUUGAACGCGAGAUAAAAUUUUGUACUUUAUAAUUAUAACAAAAUUCAAGGCUCUAAGAAUUUCAAAAUAUAAUAUUUUUUCACUUUUAACAUAAAGUUUUUUGUAGAAAUAUAAUUUUAGUAAUGUUAAAUUGGCAAAUAACUAAUAACGGUUACAGUAAAAAACAACAAUGUUUAUAAUGACACACACACACACGCACACACACACACACACACACACACACGCGCGCGCGCGUGAUGUAUAUAAGCGAUUUACAAUUAAUUAAUUAUAAAUUAAUUAUAAAUUAAACUAGUAUUAACUUUCUAAAGGUUUUCAAGACUUUUUUAAACAGUCAUUACAUUAUUUGUUCCAUUCCCCAAAAUUAAAUAAAGUAUCAAUUUGUGUAUCUUUCGAGGCAAAGGAAAUGGCAAAUACCUGCACCGAAUUCCGAAAGGAAAUACACAAGUCUUUCGUUCUACCAGCGAUCCAGACAACGCCAUCGUAUUCCGUAACAACAAUACAGAACCAGACAGGCUCUACCACAGCUAUGCGACCUCGAUCUCUUUAUACCGCGCACAAUUAUCAUCCCCAGUCCGAAGAACCCAAUUUUCAACGAUACAAUGAGCUGUCCAAAUACUUCGAACCCCCGGCCGAACAGUGGAGCGGUCUGAGUGGAGCAACCACGUACUCAGGAUCGGCGACUAUCUGGCGGCAAGCGAGGAAAUCGGUUGGCGUGCCUUAUUAUACAACCGAAGAAGCUUCCAUCUACACAGAAAACUGGAGAGAGCAUGACUCUGACGUCGGCGGCGUCGUCGCCACCCCCCAUGGUACCAUAUCGUUGAGGUUGCACAACAGAAUACGCGUGGAUAUGACCAUUGACCGCGCCGUCAGAGUCAUCAACUUCAAGAACAACAUUGUUCUGUCACUGAGUGGUUCCGGAGCAGCUGCCGCGUUGCUGCAUCCCAAUGGCAGGAUAUAUCAAUAUGGGUCUCGAGUGGAGAUCGUCGCCCACGACACACACGGCAAUAACAAAUAUGCAAAGAUGUGGUACAAAGGGGUCAGUUUCACAUCGGAACAAUGCGCGCUUGUCUAUUUAGUGGACACAGCUGGGACCAGGACUACAACAGAUUCUUUCUCAGACAUGAGCCAAGACUUUUCAUUAAGUGUUUUCUAUUCGGGCUCUCGCCAUGGUUCGGCAUGUCUGCAAGAAGCUGUAGCGCAUCUCAGUACGGCUCAAUAUUGGCAAACCGAUGAAGGUGUUGAAAAUUGGAUUAUUAACAAUGUCCGUGUAUCUCAGACACCCGAUGGCCUCGUCAGAAUUGCACGAAACAGCAAUAAAUAUCAACUACGUACAUCACCCAGCAACGGGACAGCCUCAUUGACGACACCCUUUCUACACUGUACCGCAUCCUUAGGACAAACGUCCCAUCUCUUUGUACGUCGUGGAGAACGUCGCAUGCACUACGACGGUACCAGUUUCAUCGUAAGAAACGCGGGUCACAGCGCCGGUUUCGAUGACAACAAUCAAUUGAAGGUCUACUAGGACAAGAGCCGCACGGAACAUCUUCUCACUUGCACAGUAAAAAAAGGUUUACCUGCGAAGGAGAAACAAUGCAUAUGGCCAAUAGUUUGAUUGGCAAAUGGAUCCAAGCAUGACUCAACGAUCGUUCAUGUGAGGAUUUAAUUUCAAACGUACAACAAAAGAAUUUUCAUCGAGAUUCUCAACAAGUGAAAUCAGACUAUUAUAACAUUGAAUUAUGCUUUAAUUGUACCCGUGCUUGUAUGUUCAGAGAUUUCCUCAAAUAUCAUUUUACUAGAGUUUAGUAAUUUAAUUGAAUUGUUUUUGUCUAUCCGAAUAUCUAUGCUGUUAUCUAUGCUGGUUCGAUCCAGUAAAAUGUUCAAUAAAUAAAUAAAUAGAGCAUUAAUAUUCAACAUUAAUUUUUAUUACGCAAAGUUAAUAUUUAGUUAUUAAAAUUAUUGUGACGUCUUUACAAUAAAAAACAAUGUCCCAGAAAUAUAUACAAGGUGUCCCAUUUUAAUCUAUCACCCUUCGUAACUUUGCAGGGAGCGAUCGUAUAGAAAAAUGUUUCAGACAAAAGUUGUAUGGCUUCAAGGGGAACAUAAGAUGGUGACCUUAGCCUUGACCUGGGAAGCAAAUUUAAAGGUCAUUUAAAGGUCAACUUAAUUUUUUAAAAUAAAAUCUACUUUUCAUUACAUAUUCUUGUAACUCAUUUCAAGAGCUUUCCAAAACACUAUAAUUAAAAGUGUUUUGCUCAACUAUUUUUUUAGUUAUAGAACUUGAAAGUUACAGGACCACCGGCAUUAGCAUUACCCAAGGUGUACCACGUGGAAGUUGCUCGGUCGGAUUUACACCUCGCGUGUGUAUGUGUGUGUGUGUGUGUGUGUGUGUGUGUGUGUGUGUGUGUGUGUGUGUGUGUGUGUGUGUGUGUGUGUGUGUGUGUGUGAUCGUGCUUACGUGUUGGUGUGGAUACCUAAAAAUGAAAAAAUAUUUCAUUGUAGGUGUUCAAAAAUGCGUUCCCCUUUUUGAAUACAUAAACGCAAUCUUUCGUUAAAAUUGUUACACACUCUUUCAAGCAUAGCUGGUGUUAUUCUCUGAAAUACGUUACGAACACACACACACACACACACACACACACACACAAAAGAGGUGUAAAUCCAACCAAGCAACCCCCACGUACACCUUGGAUAAUGCUAAUAUCGGCGGUCCUGUAACUUUCAAGUCCUAUAACUCAAAUAACUAAUUUUAGUGUUUUGGAAAACUCUCGAGAUGAGCUACAAGAAUAUGUAAUGUAAAGUAGGGGGUUUCAUUUAAAAAAAUUAAGUUGUCUAAAACACUUUUCUAUACGAUCGUUUCCUGCAAAGUUACAAGAGGUGAUAGAUUAAAAUGGGACACUCUGUAUGUAUGUAUGUGUAUAUAUACUGACACACAUAUAUACUGACAUAUAUAAUAUAUACAGAAUGCCUUUAAAUUGGUAAUAAAUAUUUUAAUGAAUUCUUUAUAACAUGUAAAGACUUUUAGCUAAAAGAUCGGCAUUGACAUACUACGACACAAUUAUAGUGGUAAGAAUAAGAACUAUAUCCUAGUAGCAAAAAACAUUGGUGCAAUAUUGGAAAGCAAUAUAAAGACAAUAUUCCCAAUAUUGGUCCAAUAUUGUAAAGUGAACGCUUCAUCUUAUUUAGCCAAUUUGUCUAAGCAGAAAUAUUGGUUCAAUAUUGAUUCAGCAUUGGGUCAAUAUUGAACCAAUCAAUUUUUCAUACUGAACAUUAAUUGCAUUCUAAUUUGAAGCAAAUAUUUUAUAACCAAUAUUGGCGUUACACUGGGAAACAUUGAGAAAACAUUGACCAAUGCAUUCCAAAUAUAACCAAUAUAUAACCAAUAUUAGCCAAUACACUGCCAAUGUAUUUUGCUACUAAGAAUAAGGCGAAAAAGUGACAUAUUAACAACUCAAUUUACUUCUGUCGCGUUUUAUUCAAUUAUUCGUUAUAUCCUAAAAUUGCUAGGUGCAGAUUUUAUAAAUUACUUAAAAUAUAUCGAAAAUAUAAUGAUAAAGAAAUUACUAAGAUAUGCAAUACAUAAAAAGAAUGUUUCCCACACUCUUUUCAAUAAUUCACAUUUAUUUUAUGGAUUUUUAUUAAAGGGAUCCUAAAAUAGUCUAUUCUGAUAUUCUAUUUUAAAUUAAUCUUGUAAUUAGUUUUAUAAAAUUGUAAAAGGGUUUUACAGAAUUAAAGUAAGCACAAAAAUGUAGGAGGGAAUGAUAUUAUGACAGAGUUCAUAAAAAAAAAUUUUUUUAUAUAUCAAUAAUUAUUUACUAUCGAUAAUUAUUUUACAAUAAUUUGUUUAGUAAACAAAUUAUUAUUAAAAUUUACAAAUACAGUGGAACCCCGCGUUAGAAGACUAUUCGGGGCUUCGAGUUUUGAGUCUACUAACGCGAGAUGAUCUCUUAUUGCUUGGUUUCACUCCCACUCUGUGAAAUUCAGGGACGUGGCGGUAUUGCCAUUAGUCAGUUUAUGUUUAGGGCCGUCGCACAGACUUUUGCAUAAUACAUAGUGCAUGAUGAAUAAAAGAAUCAAUUAAUCAAAGUCGUUUAUUUCCCUCCCCAGGAUAGAAAUAAAGACCUCUGAUUGGUUGAUUCUUUUAUGCAUUAUGCAUUUCGUGUUAUGCAAAAGUCUGUGCGGCGGCCCUGACCCAAGAGGAAAUGGCAAGUUGAUCAGACGUCGAUAGCAUUUACGCGGCUCCAUGAAUAGAGAUAGAGAGUGUACCGAUAUGUUGCAACAAAUAUAUGUUUCAUUUUCUUUCUGAAAUCUCUCUCAAA